GCGCCAUGCAGUACCCGCACCCCGGAGCCGCGGCGGGCGCCGUCGGGGUGCCGCUGUACGCGCCCACGCCGCUGCUGCAGCCCGCGCACCCGACCCCGUUCUACAUCGAGGACAUCCUGGGCCGCGGGCCCGCCGCGCCCGCCCCCGCCCCCACGCUGCCGUCCCCCAACUCCUCCUUCACCAGCCUCGUGUCCUCCUACCGGACCCCCGUGUACGAGCCCACGCCGAUCCACCCCGCCUUCUCGCAUCACUCCGCCGCCGCGCUGGCCGCCGCCUACGGACCCGGCGGCUUCGGGGCCCCCCUGUACCCCUUCCCGCGGACGGUGAACGACUACGCGCACCCCUUGCUCCGCCACGACCCCCUGGGCAAACCCCUGCUCUGGAGCCCGUUCUUGCAAAGGCCCCUGCAUAAAAGGAAAGGCGGACAGGUGAGGUUCUCCAACGACCAGACCAUCGAGCUGGAGAAAAAGUUUGAGACCCAGAAAUACCUCUCACCGCCCGAGAGGAAGCGUCUGGCCAAGAUGCUGCAACUUAGUGAGAGACAGGUCAAAACCUGGUUUCAGAAUCGACGCGCAAAGUGGAGAAGACUUAAACAGGAGAACCCACAAAGCAAUAAAAAAGAAGAACUUGAAAGUUUAGACAAUCCCUGCAACCAGAGGCAAGACCUGCCCAGUGAACAGAGUCGAGGUGCUUUGGAGAGCUCGCAGUGUGCUCCCUCCCCGGCCUCCCAGGAAGAUCUUGAGUCUGAGAUUUCUGAGGAUUCUGACCAGGAAGUGGACAUUGAAGGGGAUAAAGGCCAUUUUAAUGCAGGGUGAUGACCCCUGACAUUAGCAUCUUCAGGAAACUGGACAUGGGAAUAACAUAUGCUACAGAAAAGCUCCAUGAUGAGCCAGAAAACUAAACUGUCUGACAAAGGGAAUUUUCUGGUGGUCUGAAAACAAAAAUAUCUGGUGCACUGGCUAAAUAACAUACUCACAUUGAAACCUUAACUCUGCCUUAAGAAAUGGUGUAUGUACUGGUUUUAGGUUCUAUGAUAAAGUGACUUAACUGAUUAAAUCUCCCCCUUCCCCUCUUAUGAAGAAUUUUUUUCUAUUUAUAAAAAGUAAUUUUGGAACUUUAAGGUUUAAGUUAUAACUAAAGAAUUUAAUAGAAUCUUCCUGAAUGACUUUUUUAAAAUCAGUUCUAUGCAUAUCCCACUUAAUAGAAAAGUAAAGGGGCACAGAGCUUUGGGAAAGGAGCCCACUUUUCAGAUAACCUUGAAUUCUUGAAAGGAAACGUUUUUUAUUUUUAUAGAUGACAUUGUUAAACUGCCUUAAUCCGAGACUAUUUCAGAACUCUUGGGGUCUUAUGUGUGCAUUUUUACCAGAAAUAUAUAGUCAAUAAUCUUAAAUGCGGUAUUGCACUCUGCCUCAAUACCUGUCUGACCAAGAUGUCAAGGUUAUAGUAGCGUCCAGUUGAAGCAGAAAAACUGACUUGGCAGGUGACUAAAGUUAAUCACAGUUGAACUAGAAGUAGCAGGUUAAUUACUUGUAAGUAGACUGUAGAUAAUUGUUUUAUAUCAAACUGUUUAUAAUGUGUGUAUAUAUAAUUGUCUUCUGUUAAUAAACAAAACCAAAGUGGUGUUUGUGUUUUUAAAUGAGUAACUUGUCUAUAAAAUAAA